AUGGCAACAUCAUCUGUUGCAAGGAGCAGCUUGUGCAGCAGCAGCAGCAGCGACACACAGGGAGCAGCUGGGUAUCAGCAAACAACACUAGACGAAACACUGAAUGCUGUUGGAGCGAGUGUAAGCGCAGAGGAAGCGAGCGCAGGGUCGGGGAGAGAUUGGCAUAAACAAAGGGGCUUAGACUGGAUAAGCACUAGUGUUAGCGAGUCCCUAGCACCACAGGAGCGUGUUAGCGAGUCCCUAGCACCACAGGAGCGUGUUAGCGAGUCCCUAGCACCACAGGAGCGUGUUAGCGAGUCCCUAGCACCACAGGAGCGUGCUAGCGAGUCCCCAGCACCACAGGAGCGUGCUAGCGAGUCUCCAGCACCACAGGAGCGUGCUAGCGAGUCCCCAGCACCACAGGAGCGUGCUAGCGAGUCUCCAGCACCACAGGAGCGUGCUAGCGAGUCCCCAGCACCACAGGAGCGUGAUAGCGAGUCCCUAGCACCACAGGACCGUGAUAGCGAGUCCCCAGCACCACAGGAGCGUGCUAGCGAGUCCCCAGCACCACAGGAGCGUGCUAGCGAGUCCCCAACACCACAGGAGCGUGCUAGCGAGUCCCCAGCACCACAGGAGCGUGCUAGCGAGUCCCCAGCACCACAGGAGCGUGCUAGCGAGUCCCCAGCACCACAGGAGCGUGCUAGCGAGUCCCCAGCACCACAGGAGCGUGCUAGCGAGUCCCCAGCACCACAGGAGCGUGAUAGCGAGUCCCCAGCACCACAGGAGCGUGAUAGCGAGUCCCCAGCACCACAGGAGCGUGAUAGCGAGUCCCCAGCACCACAGGAGCGUGCUAGCGAGUCCCCAACACCACAGGAGCGUGCUAGCGAGUCCCCAGCACCACAGGAGCGUGAUAGCGAGUCCCCAGCACCACAGGAGCGUGAUAGCGAGUCCCCAGCACCACAGGAGCGUGAUAGCGAGUCUCCAGCACCACAGGAGCGUGCUAGCGAGUCCCCAGCACCACAGGAGCGUGAUAGCGAGCGGUGA